CAGCUCCACAGGCUCACUGUCUUGCGCAGCCGAUGUCUCAAUUCAUAGGCAAUACAACGCUCGCUUGGGCGCGAUCCUGGCAUCACAUCUCUGCGCGCGACGAUGUGCUCGGUCGGACAGCAGCAAGAGCGGCUCUCCUGCUCAUGGGCAAGCAUAAGCCUAUCUGGGACCCUUCAGUCGAUUGCGGCGAUUAUGUGGUCGUGACGGAUGCGAGAGGUGUCGUCCUCACAGGACGCAAGGCAGAACAGAAGGAGUACUACUCGCAUUCCAUGUAUCCCGGCGGCUUCAAAGCGGUUCCCUUCAGACGCAUGCUCCAACGCAAGCCAGACGAAAUCAUAAGAAAGGCAGUCUCGGGUAUGCUGCCGAAGAACAAGCUCCGCAAGAGGAGGCUAGAGAGGCUCAGGAUCUUCCCUGAUGCCGAGCAUCCACAUGCAGCCAAUUUCAUACAGCGACACACAAUAGCAGAUGCGCGACCGCAGAGCGUCGUUCAGAGAUUAUUAGAGCUCAAGGCGCAAGCGCCAACAGCAGAACGUAUCGCAGCUCAGUGAUGUACAUACUUGUUGACAACAGUACAAGGUCUAAAUUUGACGAGAACGAGUGCGCCGAUCGACCCAGUCUGUGAGCAGCGCGACGGAUUCCU